AUGGGGCGCCCUCAGCCGUUCUCGGUGUGCCAGUCGUGCGGCAACUGGGCGUACAACUUCCGCAUCAUUGCGAACGACUGCAAGUGCGCGAAGUGUGCCUCCGCCAUCGGUCUGUUCAAGCCGUCGCUCAGGGCGGCCCUCAAGGCGAAGUCCAAGGCGCCCUGGACCACCACCGUGCCAUGGGCCAAACAGACCCAGCAGGCGGACCCCGUCGAGCUGCUCCAGAUGCUGGCAUCCAUCCCUGCAUUCGCGGGCUCCCGUGAGGAGGCGAACUUCGCCGCGCAGAAUCUACAGAAGAAAGAAGCAGCACUCCGCCGUGCAGCAGAUGCCGUGGUCGCUGCCGAUGCGGCCCUCGUGGCGGCAAAGGGCGACAUGUCAGUGGCCAGCGUGGAGGCAGCCACCGCCAAGCAGGCCCACGACCAGGCGAUCGACGCCCUCUCGCGAUCCCUCGGCAAGAGCACGGCUCCACCUCCUGAGGGCUACAGUGCCGACGGGAAGAAGAUUCCGUUCGCGAUCAAGGAGACCGACAUCGACAACAUGGACGAAUUCGAUGAGAACCAGCAGAAGUCGCUCCGCGACCUCAAGAGCCAGAUGGAUCAGCACGUCAAGCAGGUCGAGGCGCUACAGGAGACGCUCCAGAACACGCUCAAAUCCAUCCUGGAGAUCCGCGAGGCCCCUGCCAAGCGUAUGCGAGGCGUGGACGGCGCAG